AUAAUAAUCACCCUAAUAAUAAUCUUAAAAGGAGGAGACGACGGGCAACCCCAAACGGAUGUGCUUCACCACCGGCCGGGACGGCUGCCCCCCCCGACUCCCCGAGAGAUUUGGAUGCAGAAAUUACUCCAGCGAGGCAACGGCCGGUGCCCUAGACGGGGCAAAUCAGCGUUGAAGUCCCAAGGCGGCGAGAGGAGGGAGCAACUGGGUUGCUCAAGGACUGUCCAUGCCGACGGUGUAUGAAGCUGGGAAGCAGUACACAGGACCCGAGACGGCAGGGAGACCCCCGUCCAUGUCCCACCAUGAGACCUCCCCUACAGCCGUGCAACCCGUGGGUCAACACCGCCCCAACGCCUGCUGCUUCUGCUGGUGCUGCUGCUGCAGCUGCUCGUGGAAUGAAGAUCGGGAGAGGGCUUGGAGAGCCUCUCGAGAUACCAAACUGGAGACCAUCCCAAACUGUGAAGCUUGCACCAAACCAAGCCCCGAGGAGAUCCAGGGCUGGGCGCAGUCAUUCGACAAGCUAAUGAAGAACCCCGCGGGCCGGAACGUGUUCCGCGAGUUCUUACGGACUGAGUACAGCGAGGAGAACAUGCUCUUCUGGCUGGCCUGUGAGGAGCUCAAGACAGAGUGCAACAAGCACACGAUCGACGAGAAGGCCCGGCUCAUCUACGAGGAUUACAUCUCCAUCCUCUCGCCCAAGGAGGUGAGCCUGGAUUCACGAGUCCGGGAGGUCAUCAACAGGAAGAUGCAGGAACCCUCCUCCCACACGUUCGAUGACGCCCAGCUACAGAUCUACACUCUCAUGCACAGGGACUCCUACCCCCGCUUCCUGAACUCUGCUAACUACAAGUCCCUGCUCCAGACCGUGUCCCGCUGCUCCUCAGAGUCCUAGGACACUCCGGUCACCGCAUGGUCUCAUGCCCGUGGGCAGUUUGGCCACACAGACCACUUCUGUUUCAUCGUCACAGCACCGCUGUCAGAGGACACAUGUGAACAGCUCUCCAACUCGGGUUUCCUUGCCCCCCCACCCCCACUCACCCUCAGCACAUGCUCAGUCUCUCCCACAAGACUCAUUUUUUAGCUUUAGCCGUGAACUGCCUCCCCCAGGCACCACUGGUCAUCACAGCAUCCUCAGCUCUGUGACUCAGGCCGCCCGUAGUCCCCGCCUACCACGACCGCCCAGACUGCGGCGUCCGAUGCCGUUUCUUUAGAAACUCAGGCCUGCCGUUUACUACUGAAUCCCUCUGGGCGCACCCAGCCCCAGACCAGCGAGACUCUCUGGAAGGGCAGCUGGAGGAGGAAGAAGCGGAGGAGGAGAAGGAGGAGGGGGCUGGGGGCAAUCUCCCUCUUCUCCCCUCCCCACUGCCUCAGCAGGCCCAGGCUGCUGCUUUUCCUUUUCUGUUCAACAGUCACUUUAUAACCUCUCCCCUCCCCUUAUGACUCCCUUUCCAGCUAAAUCCCCCAUCCAUCUCCCCGAGAGAUCACCACCACCACUGUUGCUUCAGUCUGCUUUACUCUGGGACUUGGGGAAGAGAAUUAUUAUUAUUUUUUCAAGUCUAUAAAGUGUCAGGUUUACAUAGCACUAUCAGUCCAUGGCCUCCUGAGAAGAGCAAAUGAAAAUGAUGCCUAAGGGAAGGGUCCCUGAAGAGCCGACCUGUAGUGACCCCCCGCCCCCCACCUCAUCCACAACUCCGUUUACAGCAGUUCUAUCGAAAAGUAUUUUUAAAUCCUCUCCACCUUCCUGUCCUCUCCAGCCAUAUGUAACUAAUGGUGGGUUGGAAUCAGCUCUCAAUACAGGGCUUCCUCACCAUCAGGGGGGUUUUAUUGGUGAAUUUCUAAGGCUCGCAAGUCUGC